AUGAUUAUCCAAAAUUUAUUGGAAGAUGAUGUUUGGUAUUCAUUAAAACAAAAUAUCCAACCCGUCUUGUUACCCUCAAAUAAUUUAUUUAAAGGAGAAAUAAUUCCAAAUUGUAAUGGAACUCAAGUUAAAGAAUUAAUUCUUUCUGAGGCUGAAAGGCGUGUUAGAAAUUUAUUUAAAGUUGAAAAUAAAUUGGCAAAACAAUUAGACUUUAAUUCAAUAUACGAUAGCGGCCCUUCUGGCUCCAAAAAUUAUUUAAAACUUUCACAACUCGAUACACCCAAUGCUUUUAUUUCUGCUUUUAAUUGGACCAAAUUUGUUCAAAAUCUUCUUUCGCCUGUUGGACUUGUUGUAGAUUCUCAAACAGAAAUUCAUUUAUCAGACCCUUCUUUACUUCAAAGGAUGGGGAAAAUAAUUGGAGAAUUUAGUGAACAAGAAAUAUCUGAUUAUUUGGAUUGGAAUACUUUGUGGACUUUUAUGCCACAAAUGGAUAAAAGAUAUACUUUACAUUAUGUUAAUUCUAAACCUCCAAAAGGUAAAUGGGGAGAAAAUUAG